AUGCCCGUUCCCAGCCGUUCAGGUGGAGCUCUACCGGAAGCCCACGCCAUCGGUAGUAUUAGUAGUAGUAGUAUCUCCACUGCCACCAGCACUGCUGCUGCUACGAACAUCUCCAUCUCAUCGGUCCCUCGACGCUCUUCCUACGCUUCUGUUGUCUCAUCUCCUCAACAAUUACACCAACUGCAUCAACCACUACACCCCGCCUCUACUCUCGAUUUGACCUCGCACUCGCGCCAGUACCAGCCCGGAAAUACUAAUCCUCCCGUCCUCCCGAGCUCUUUGCCCUCACUCCCACCCGACUCGCUCUCACCACAUAUCCUGCCCAUCCCAGCCCGCCAUACAGAUGCAGACAUGCAGGUGAGCCACGGCGCCACGAGCGCUGGCUGGAGGAGGUCGGCCGUGCUCCCUCCCUACUCCCGGCAGUUCGCAAACAUCCCCGAGUACGCCGCGGGCUAUCCAGCCACCACCUCGUUGCCCGCCUCGCCCGACCCCUCCUUCUUCGUCCCCUCGUACCUUCGCAAUUCCAGAUACAUCGCGCGUUUGGAGUCUGCCCAGCGAGCCAAACAGCUCGCCGCCCAGCGAGAAUCCUCCUCCAACGCCCCGUCUCUGUCCGCCUCUUCGAGCCAUGUCAACCUGCACCGCAUGGCGCCCUCGCACCGGGGCAUGACCUAUGACCUAGUCGAAAAGGACCUCGCCACUGACGACAAACCACAGCCUCUCCCGUCGCGCUGGAAUGAUGCUGAUAAGCAUCAUGGUCUCGACUUGCUGAAUGAUGGCUUGGAGAUGCGAUAUAUCGGCCUGCCGCACAAGGCAGACCAUGAAGCUGCUUCAGUGCGGGCCGACCAUUCGAUGCCUCGCGAUGGGGGAUAUACUAUUACGAAACGACCCGUCAUUGCGAUCGGUUUCUCGUCCUCGCGCUCGUCCCUGGAGCGUCUCCCCGGCUGGGACAGCGAGUCGUGGGCGUACCACGGCGAUGACGGCAAGGCCUUCGUUGGGGAAUCCCAAGGCCAGGGCCGUCCGUUUGGUCCCACGUUUGCGGUUAAUGAUACCAUCGGUUGUGGAGUUGCAUUCAAUAAUCUUCAGACCUCCAGCCACGUUAGCUUUUAUCCCUCCGUUGGUAUUAAGAGGCACCCUCAUAUGCAUAUAAUAACUAAUUUCGGCCAACAACCAUUCAUGUUUGAUAUUGACGAUAUGGUGAAAAAAGAGAAGGCUACUUUAUAUUCGCAGGUGGCGGAAACGAGCACCGCCAACCUUCAACCUCCGCUAGACGAAACUACUCUACUCCAAGAGCUUGUGGCUCAAUUUCUGGCCCAGGAUGGCUACUAUGAGACUGCUCGAGCUUUUGCGGAGGAGGUUCGCCAGGAGUCGGAGUCGCUUGAAAACGGACAGGCUCGACUGUUGUGUGCGUAUGAGCAGGAGGAAGAUCUGGAUGCAACGAAUCGGCAAAGUGUAGAAAUCCGUGCGGCGAUCCUGGAAGGUGAUAUCGACAAAGCUUUGAAGCACACAAACGCAUAUUUCUCUGAAGUCUUACAAGACAACCCUCACAUCCUUUUCAAACUCCGCUGUCGAAAAUUUCUAGAAAUGAUGUGCAGAUGCAGCGACCUAUCUAGCACAGCUUUGAAACGAGGGAAGUCGUCGAAUGGAGUUGCCUACAAUAACGAAUUGUUUGAACAGGACAUGGAACUCGACGACCACAUGCAUGAUGGCUAUUCAGAUGCAGACGGCAUGGACACGGAGGAGAUCGACUCGACACUCAAAUUCCAGGAGCUCCUCACCGAGGCCGUUCAAUACGGCCAACAGCUGCGAAUGGAUUAUCCGUCGGACGGGCAUGGGGGGGAUAAGCAGUAUCUUGACGAUAUUUUCUCCCUUAUGGCAUACUCCGAUCCGCGGUCCUCUGUCCACGGCCAUUACCUAGAUGCAUCCGGGCGUGUGUCGGUUGCCGACGAGCUGAACUCAGCUAUAUUAGUAUCCCUCGGCAAGUCCUCGUCCGCAGCGAUAGAAACUCUGUACUCCCAAACCGAGGUUUUGGUCAACAAUCUUAGCGAAGACGGCGGCGUCGGGGCGUUUAUUAAUAUCCGCGGUGAUUUUCUGUGA